GGCAGGAGCGGCGGCCGGGGAGAGCGCGGGUGGAUCAUGGCCGAGGGCGGCGAAGGAGAAGAGGAGAUCCUCUUCCUCAGGACGGAUGAUGUAGUAGUUCUUCAAUGUACUACAACCAUUGUCAAAUCACAAAUUAAGCUCUGCCUUGCUGCUGAAGGAUUUGGAAAUCGACUCUGUUUCCUUGAAGCAACAUCAAAUGCAAAGAAUGUUCCUCCAGACCUUGCAAUCUGCAGCUUUGUCCUGGAGCAGUCGCUCUCUGUACGAGCUCUGCAGGAAAUGCUGGCUAACACCGUUGAAAAGGGCAAUGAGUCUUCUCAGGGAGGAGGACAUAGAACACUCUUGUACGGUCAUGCUAUUCUACUCCGGCAUUCUCAUAGUGGCAUGUAUUUAUGUUGUUUGACAACCUCGAGGUCUUUAACAGACAAAUUAUCCUUUGAUGUUGGACUGCAAGAAGAUGCUUCAGGGGAAGCUUGUUGGUGGACUAUUCAUCCAGCCUCCAAACAGAGGUCUGAAGGUGAAAAAGUACGCGUAGGUGAUGACCUCAUCCUUGUUAGUGUUUCCUCUGAGAGAUAUCUGCAUUUAUCUUACGCCAGUGGAGAUUUACAAGUGGAUGCCUCUUUCAUGCAGACUCUUUGGAAUAUGAACCCUAUCUGUUCAGGCUGUGAGCUAGCUGAAGGAUUCUUAACUGGAGGGCAUGUUCUUCGCCUGUUCCACGGUCAUAUGGAUGAAUGUCUCACUGUAGCAUCGUUUGAUCAGGGUGAAGAUCAACGCAGGUUUGUUCACUAUGAAGGUGGUGCAGUGUGCAGUCACGCCAGGUCUUUAUGGCGAUUGGAGCCGCUGCGCAUCAGCUGGAGUGGUGGCCACAUGAAAUGGAGUCAGCCUUUCCGUAUUCGUCAUGUUACCACAGGCAAAUACUUGGGCCUUGAUGAAGAGAAAGGACUUUUACUCUUUGAUCAAGAGAAAUCAAACACCAAAAUCACUUCAUUUUGUUUUCGAAUCUCAAAGGAUAAAAUCGAUAUUGCUCAUAAAAGGGAUGUAGAAGGCAUGGGAAUUCCUGAGAUCAAGUAUGGUGAGUCGAUGUGCUUUGUCCAACAUGUGAACAGUGGACUUUGGCUGACUUAUGCAGCAGCUGAUACCAAAACAGUUCGCUUGGGACCCUUGAAGAGAAAAGCUAUACUACACCAAGAAGGACACAUGGAUGAUGCACUUUCACUAUCACGUUCACAGCAAGAAGAAUCCCAGGCUUCCCGAAUGAUUUACAGCACAAAUGGCCUUUUCAACCAAUUCAUUAAAGGUCUAGAUAUGCUAAGUGGAAAGAAUAAAUCUUCAGCUCCAGUGUCCUUACCCAUUGAUACAAUAGUGCUGAGCCUUCAGGAUCUUAUCAGCUAUUUCCAACAUCCAGAGGAGGAGCUUGCUCAUGAAGAGAAACAGACCAAAUUGCGCUCACUCAAAAACAGACAGAAUUUAUUCCAGGAAGAGGGUAUGAUCCAGCUGGUGUUGGAUUCCAUUGACAGACUGAAUGUGUAUAACAGUGCAGCUCAUUUCUCAGAGUUUGCAGGAGAAGAAGCAGCUGAAUCCUGGAAAGAAAUUGUUAACCUUCUUUAUGAGCUGUUAGCUGCUCUCAUCCGUGGUAACCGCAGAAAUUGUGCUCUCUUUUCUGAUAACCUUGACUGGUUGGUCAGUAAACUGGAUCGACUGGAAGCUUCUUCAGGUAUACUGGAAGUCCUGUACUGUGUUUUGAUUGAAAGCCCUGAAGUUCUGAACAUCAUAACUGAAAACCACAUCAAAUCAAUUAUCUCUCUGUUGGACAAACAUGGACGAAAUCAUAAGGUGCUGGAUGUAUUGCGCUCUCUCUGUGUCUGCAAUGGCGUGGCUGUACGAUCCAAUCAAAAUCUUAUUACGGAGAACCUACUUCCUGGUCGUGAUCUGCUGCUCCAAACUAACAUGAUCAAUUAUGUCACCAGCAUGAGGCCAAAUAUUUUUGUGGGUACAUACGAAGGUUCUACACAAUACAAGAAGUGGUACUUUGAACUGAUUGUGGAUUAUGUUGACCCAUUUGUAACACCGCAAGCUACUCAUCUGCGAGUAGGUUGGGCAUUAACGGAGGGUUACAGCCCUUAUCCAGGAGGUGGUGAGGGCUGGGGGAGCAAUGGAGUUGGAGACGACUUGUAUUCCUAUGGUUUCGAUGGACUUCACUUGUGGUCAGGACAUGUUGCGAAGGCAGUUGCUUCGCCGGAUGCACACAUGCUUGCUGCUGAUGAUGUUGUUAGCUGCUGCCUUGAUUUGAGUGUCCCAAGUAUAUCUCUCCGGAUUAAUGGUCAUCCAGUACAAGGCAUGUUUGAGAAUUUCAAUGUGGAUGGCCUCUUUUUUCCUGUGGUUAGCUUUUCUGCAGGAGUCAGGGUUCGAUUUUUGCUGGGCGGUAGGCAUGGUGAAUUCAAGUUCAUGCCUCCACCUGGUUAUUCUCCUUGUUACGAAGCUCUACUGCCAAAGGAAAGAAUGAGAAUAGAGCCAAUCAAAGAAUAUAAGCAUGAUUUUGAUGGCAUUCGAAAUCUCUUGGGCCCUACACAGUCACUGUCACACACCGCAUUUGCACCAUCUCCUGUGGAUACAGCGCAGAUUGUUCUACCACCUCAUCUGGAACGGAUACGAGAGAAGUUAGCUGAAAACAUCCAUGAACUUUGGUCUGUAACAAAAAUCGAGUUAGGUUGGACAUACGGCACAAUCCGAGAUGACAACAAGAAACUUCAUCCUUGUCUUGUGGAGUUUAAUAGGUUACCUGAACCUGAGAGAAACUACAACUUACAAAUGUCUGGUGAAACUCUGAAAACCCUGCUGGCUUUGGGUUGCCAUGUUGGAAUGGCUGAUGAAAAGGCAGAAGAAAAUCUAAAGAAAAUAAAAUUGGCCAAACCGUACCUCAUGGCAAGCGGAUAUAAACCUGCUCCACUUGACCUCUCCCAUGUAAAACUUACUCCAGCUCAGAAUACUCUGGUGGACAAACUGGCUGAAAAUGGUCACAAUGUCUGGGCAAGAGAUCGCAUCCGACAAGGGUGGACGUACAGUAUUUUGCAGGACAUAAUGAAUAAGAGAAAUCCCCGCCUUGUACCAUAUAACCUCCUGGAUGAACGUACAAAGAAAACAAACCGAAACAGUUUGUGUGAGGCCGUCCGUACGCUGAUUGGUUACGGCUACAAUAUUGAGCCACCAGAUCAAGAAACCACUGCCCAUACCACAGGUAAAGGCCGCAGUGACAAAGUACGGCUCUUUCGUGCUGAAAAGUCUUAUGCAGUGAAGAGUGGAAAGUGGUAUUUUGAGUUUGAAGCUGUGACUGUAGGAGAAAUGAGGGUAGGAUGGGCACGACCUGACUGCAGGCCCGAUAUACCAUUGGGUGCUGACGACCUUGCCUUUGUGUUUAAUGGAUUUAAGGGUCAGCGCUGGCAUGUAGGGAGUGAGCCAUUUGGCCGUACGUGGCAAUCAGGUGAUGUGGUUGGUUGUAUGAUUGACCUAAAUGAAAUGCACAUCAUGUUCACGCUUAAUGGAGAGAUGCUUAUCAGAGAUUCUGGUUCCGAAUUGGCUUUUAAGGACUUUGAAGUUGGUGAUGGGUUCAUUCCUGUGUGCAGCCUGGGACUUUCUCAGGUCGGGCGCAUUAACCUGGGCCAAGAUGUUAGCAGCCUGAGAUAUUUCACCAUAUGUGGUUUACAGGAAGGCUUUGAGCCCUUUGCUGUAAAUAUGAAACGGGACAUCACAAUGUGGUUCAGUAAAAGUUUGCCUCAGUUUGUUCCUGUUCCCACCGAUCAUAGCCAUGUUGAGAUUACUAGAAUUGAUGGAACAGUCGACAGUCCUCCUUGCUUGAAAGUUUCCCAUAAAACUUUUGGAUCUCAGAACAGCAAUACAGAUAUGCUGUUCUUCCGACUCAGCAUGCCUAUUGAGUUCCAUGACACAUUUAAAUGUACCCCUGGAACUACACCAUUGUCCAGAAUGACAAUCCCAGAAGAAGAAGUUGAAGAUAUUGAUGUGGAUUCGGAGUUUGAAGUUCUUAAAAAAUCCGCCAGCCGAACUCAAACUGAAACACCUGCCAAUGAGAAGGAGAGCUCUAAGGAAGCACCUAAGGAACUGGCAAAAGCAGAGAACGAUAAAGAUUCCUCCUCUGAGAAAAGUAAAUCCAAAACUAGGUUCUUAUUCAAAAAAAAGCCUGCCUUUAUUGCUCCUCCACCAGUUACACCAACUGUCCCCCGCUUAAUAGAGGAUGUGGUGCCAGAUGACAGGGAUGACCCAGAAAUUAUUUUGAACACAACCACGUAUUACUAUUCUGUGAGAAUAUUUGCUGGACAGGAACCAAGUGGUGUGUGGGUUGGCUGGGUGACACCAGACUUUCAUCAAUAUGAUGGCAACUUCGAUUUAUCCAAAGUUCGUACAGUCACUGUUUCAGUGGGAGAUGACCAAGGAAAAGUUCAUGACAGCAUGAAGCGCAGCAAUUGUUACAUGGUCUGGGGAGGUGAAUUUAGUAAUAACUCACAGCAAGCAAGCCGUAGUAACGUUGACCUGGAGAUUGGAUGUCUUGUGGAUUUGGCUACUGGCCUCAUGACUUUCACAGCUAACGGAAAAGACAUUAACACUUAUUACCAGGUUGAACCAAGUAAGAAGUUAUUCCCUGCAGUCUUUGUGCAGCCUUCCAGUCAGAGUAUGUACCAGUUUGAGCUUGGAAAGCUGAAGAAUAUUAUGCCUAUCUCAGCAGCUAUGUUUAAGAGUGAACGGAAGAAUACAACACCUCAAUGUCCCCCCCGACUUGAUGUCCAGAUGAUCACACCAGUAGUGUGGAGUCGCAUGCCAAAUGACUUCUUGGUUGUAGAAACUGGACGUGUCAGUGAGCGGCAUGGCUGGAUGGUGGAAUGCGUUGAUCCAGUUAUCAUGAUGGCACUGCAUAUUCCUGAGGAAAACAGAUGUAUUGACAUCUUGGAGCUGUCUGAGCGUAAAGACCUAUUGAAAUUUCACUACCACACAUUGCUACUGUACUGUGCUGUCUGUGCAUUGGGUAACAACCGUGUUGCCCAUGCCAUUUGUAGCCAUGUUGAUGAAUUUCAGUUACUCUACACCAUUGAGAACACAUAUAUAUCAGGUCUUCUACGUAGUGGCUAUUAUGAUCUACUUAUUAGUGUGCAUCUGGAGUCAGCUAAGCGAUCUCGACUCAUGAUGAACAAUGAGUUCAUUGUCCCUAUGACUGAAGAAACCAAACAAAUCACAUUGUUCCCAAAUGAAAAUAAAGUCCAUGGCCUGCCGGGUGUGGGAGUUUCCACGUGUUUGAGACCACCGCUUCAUUUUGCAUCUCUAUCAUUUGUUGGCACUAGCGAUGAUCGUUACCAGUUUAGCCCUGAGAUCCCAUUAGACGUCCUUAAAACAAAAGCAAUCAACAUGCUGACUGAGGCUGUCCAAGAUGGUGGACAACAUACGAGAGAUCCUGUUGGCGGAAGUGUGGAAUUUCAGUUUGUCCCAGUUCUAAAACUUGUGAGCACUCUCCUUAUUAUGGGGGUCUUUGAUGAUGAAGAUGUUAAACACAUACUGAAGAUGAUUGAACCUAAUGUGUUUGUUGAGGUCAAAGAAGAAAUUGAAAAAACUGUAAGUGAAGAUGCUAAGGAAGAAGCAGUGCCAGCAGUCAACGGAGAGGGGGAGGGUGAAGGAGAAGAAGAGGAAGAGAAAGAAGGAGAGAAAGAUGAACAAGAGAUCGAUGAGCCAAAAGAAGAUAAGAUUGUGGAAGGAGAAGCCAUUAAGGAGGAGGAAUUAGAGGAAGGACUUCUACAGAUGAAGCUGCCCGAGUCUGUCAAAUUACAGAUGUGCAAACUUCUUCAGUUCUUCUGUGACUGUGAACUACGACACCGGGUUGAAUCAAUUGCUUCGUUUGCGGAUAAGUUUGUUUGUAGAAUGCAGACAGAUCAGAGGGAGCGUUACUGUGAGCUCAUGCAGUGUUUCAACAUGAGUGCAGCUGAGACUGCCAGAAAAACAAGAGAAUUCCGGUCACCACCACAAGAACAGAUUAACAUGCUCAUGAAUUUCAAACUGGGGCCAGAUGAAGAGGUAUGCCCUCUCCCAGAUAAAGUGAGAGAUGUAUUGCUCCACUUCCACACCAAGCUUCUUACUCACUGUGGCAUUCAAAUAGAAGAGGAUGAGGAAGAGGAAGAAGAGGAUACUUCACUCAAAGGACGUUUACUAAGUCUUGUUGAAAAAGUAAGAAACUUGAGGAAGAAGGAUGAGAUCGAGGAGACUCCAGCUGAAGAAGACAAGACACCGAGUACAUUGCAGGAGCUGAUUUCUCACACAGUGGUUCAUUGGGCCCAGGAAGCCUUCAUCCAAAAUCCUGAACUUGUGCGGUUAAUGUUUAGCUUGCUGCAUCGACAGUACGAUGGCAUUGGUGAACUUAUCCGUGCUAUGCCAAAGGCCUAUAUCAUUAAUGCUACAUCUGUGGAGGACACUAUGAACUUGUUGGAAUGUCUGGGUCAGAUUCGCUCAUUGCUCAUUGUCCAGAUGGGUCCAGAAGAAGAGAGGCUUAUGAUCCAGAGUAUUGGAAACAUCAUGAACAAUAAAGUCUUCUAUCAGCAUCCAAACUUGAUGCGUGCUUUGGGUAUGCACGAGACUGUUAUGGAAGUAAUGGUGAAUGUGUUGGGUGGUGGUGAUUCCAAGGAGAUACGGUUCCCCAGAAUGGUGACAAACUGCUGCCGAUUCUUGUGCUAUUUCUGUCGCAUCAGUCGUCAGAAUCAAAGAGCCAUGUUUGAUCACUUAAGCUACCUAUUGGAUAAUAGUGGCAUUGGACUGGGUAUGCGAGGUUCUACUCCACUGGAUGUUGCAGCUGCUUCAUGCAUUGACAACAAUGAACUUGCUCUGGCACUGCGAGAACCAGAUAUGGAAAAGGUGGUGACCUAUCUGGCAGGAUGUGGACUGCAAAGCUGUCCUAUGCUUCUGGCAAAAGGUUAUCCUGAUAUCGGGUGGAAUCCUGUUGGAGGAGAGCGCUACCUGGAUUUUCUCCGUUUUGCUGUAUUUGUCAAUGGUGAAAGUGUUGAAGAAAAUGCCAACGUCGUUGUGCGCUUGCUGAUACGUCGCCCUGAGUGCUUUGGUCCAGCCCUGCGGGGUGAAGGUGGGAGCGGUUUACUAGGGGCCAUUGAGGAUGCCAUCAAGAUUUCUGAGGAUCCUGCCCGUGAUGGACCAACAGUCAAGAAAGACCGUAGACGGGAAUACUUUAGUGAAGAGGUCCAUGAAGAAAAUCGUGUCCAUCUGGGGAAUGCUAUCAUGUCUUUCUACUCAACGCUGAUCGAUCUCUUGGGUCGAUGUGCUCCAGAGAUGCACCUUAUUCAAGCUGGCAAAGGUGAAGCAUUAAGAAUUCGAGCAAUCCUGCGAUCCCUGGUUCCCAUUGAAGACUUGGUUGGUGUUAUAAGCCUGCCAGUGCAGAUACCUGCUUUUGGAAAAGAUGGCAACAUUGUUGAGCCUAAGAUGUCGGCCAGUUUUGUUCCUGACCACAAGGCUCCCAUGGUGUUAUUCCUGGAUCGUGUCUAUGGGAUAGAAAAUCAGGAUUUUCUUCUUCAUGUCCUGGAGGUUGGGUUCUUGCCUGAUAUGAGAGCUGCUGCCUCCUUAGAUACUGUUGCUUUCAGUACCACUGAGAUGGCUCUGGCUUUGAACCGAUACCUUUGCACUGCUGUUCUUCCUCUGAUUACCAAGUGUGCCCCAUUGUUUGCUGGAACAGAACAUAGAGCUAUUAUGAUUGAUUCCAUGCUUCACACCAUUUACCGGUUGUCCAGGGGUCGCUCACUGACCAAGGCACAGAGGGAUGUUAUUGAAGAAUGUCUCAUGGCAUUGUGCAGCUAUCUUCGUCCAGCAAUGCUACAGCAUCUACUGCGUCGACUGGUGUUUGAUGUCCCAAUAUUAAACGAAUAUGCCAGGAUGCCACUGAAGCUGCUAACCAAUCACUAUGACAGGUGUUGGAAAUACUACUGUCUUCCAUCUGGAUGGGCAAAUUAUGGUGUCACCUCUGAAGAAGAACUCCAUCUGACUCGGAAACUCUUUUGGGGAAUCUUUGAGUCAGUGUCUCAGAAGAAAUAUGAUUCUGACUUGUUCAAGACAGUCAUGCAGUGCCUUUGUGGGAUAGCUGGUGCUCUCCCUCCAGAUUAUGUUGACGCCAGCUAUUCCUCCAAAGUUGAGAAAAAAGCUUCAGUGGAUUCAGAAGGCAACUUUGACCCUAAACCUGUGGACACAAUGAAUGUGAUAAUUCCUGAAAAAUUGGACCCCAUAAUCAACAAGUAUGCAGAGUAUACACAUGACAAGUGGGCUUUUGAGAAGAUUCAAAAUAACUGGAGUUACGGUGAAAUUAUUGAUGAAGAGGCCCGGACUCACCCCUGGUUGAGGCCAUACAAAACAUUCUCUGAAAAGGACCGGGAAAUCUACAGAUGGCCAAUCAAAGAAUCCCUGAAGGCUAUGAUUGCUUGGGAAUGGACAAUUGAAAAAGCCGGUGAGGGAGUGGAUAAAAGUGAGAAAGGAGAGAAGAAGGCUCGCAAAAUUUCACAAUCUGCCCAGGUGGUCUACGACCCUAGCCAUGGUUACAAUCCACAGCCACCUGAACUGUUGAACAUGACCUUGUCUCGUGAGUUGCAGUCAAUGGCAGAGCAACUUGCUGAAAACUAUCACAACACAUGGGGUCGAAAGAAGAAGCUGGAGCUGCAGGCUAAAGGUGGUGGAACUCAUCCACUUUUGGUGCCAUAUGAUACACUGACUGCUAAAGAAAAAGCUCGGGAUAGGGAGAAAGCUUAUGAAUUGCUCAAGUUCUUGCAGAUGCAUGGAUAUGCUGUAACAAGAGGUAUGAAAGAUAUGGAAUUGGACACAUCAUCAAUCGAGAAGAGAUUUGCCUAUGGUUUUCUGAAGAAGUUGUUGCAGUGGUUGGACGUAGCACAGGAAUUUGUUUUACAUAUAGAGGCUGUUGUAAGCAGUGGAAGAGUUGAGAAAUCCCCUCAUGAACAGGAGAUCAAGUUCUUUGUAAAGAUUUUGCUCCCAUUGAUAAACCAAUACUUCAAGAACCAUUGCUUAUACUUCCUUUCUACUCCAGCUCAGCUCUUGGGCAGUGGAGGACAUGCCUCAAACAAAGAAAAGGAAAUGAUAGCCAGUAUCUUCUGCAAACUCGCAGCUUUGAUCAGACAUAGAGUCUCCCUCUUUGGUACUGAUGCCCCUGCAGUCAUAAACUGUUUGCAUAUUUUAGCAAGAUCUCUGGAUGCCAGGACAGUGAUGAAAUCCGGUCCUGAAAUAGUGAAAGCUGGUUUGCGGUCAUUUUUUGAAGGAGCCUCUGAAGAUAUUGAGAAAACCGUGGAAAAUCUGAAGCUUGGCAAAGUCUCCCAGAGUCGAACACAAGUGAAAGGAGUUGCCCAGAAUGUCAACUACACUACAGUGGCUCUUCUGCCUGUACUCACCUCAUUGUUUGAUCACGUGGCUCAGCAUCAGUUUGGAGAUGAUGUCAUCUUGGAUGAUGUUCAAGUCGCUUGCUAUCGAAUCUUGUCCAGUAUUUAUUCUCUUGGAACCACAAAGAAUACGUAUGUGGAGAGGCAGCGUCCCUCUCUGGGUGAAUGUCUUGCACGAUUGGCAGCUGCCAUGCCAGUGGCCUUCCUUGAGCACCAUCUUAACGACCACAACGUCUGCUCAGUUUAUAACACAAAGACUACACGGGAAAGAGCCAUUUUGGGUUUGCCAAACAGCGUUGAGGAAAUGUGUCCAGAUAUCCCUGAUUUGGAUCACCUCAUGAAGGAAAUUAAUGAUCUCGCAGAGUCUGGUGCUCGUUAUACUGAGAUGCCACAUGUUAUUGAAAUUACGCUUCCUAUGCUGUGUAACUAUCUGCCACGAUGGUGGGAACGGGGACCUGAGAAUAUGGCAGAUGAAGACGUAAUGCUCUGUACAAGUGUCACCUCUGAACACCUCAAUGCUCUGCUGGGAAAUAUUCUGAAGAUUAUAGUUAACAAUUUGGGUAUUGAUGAAGCAUCCUGGAUGAAAAGACUUGCAGUUUUUGCACAACCAAUUAUUAGCAAGGCCAAGCCUGAACUGUUAAAAUCCCAUUUCAUCCCUACCAUGGAAAAGUUAAAGAAAAGGUCAAAAAAAGUCGUGGCUGAGGAGGAUCAGUUGCGCAUGGAGGGCAAGGGUGAUGUCGUGGAGAGUGAAUUACUAAUUCGAGAUGAGUUUUCUGUUCUCUGCCGUGAUCUGUAUGCUUUGUAUCCACUGCUGAUUCGCUAUGUGGACAAUAACAGAGCCAAGUGGCUAACAGAACCAAACCCUGAUGCCGAAGAGCUUUUCAGAAUGGUGGGAGACAUCUUCAUCCUGUGGUCAAAGUCACACAAUUUCAAACGCGAGGAGCAGAACUUUGUGGUGCAGAAUGAAAUCAACAAUAUGUCAUUUCUCACUGCGGACAGCAAAAGCAAGAUGUCCAAGUCAGGAGGGUCUGACCAAGAAAGGACCAAAAAACAGAGGAGGGGAGAUCGUUACUCCAUUCAGACAUCACUGAUUGUAGCAACUCUUAAAAAAAUGCUUCCUAUUGGCCUAAACAUGUGUUCACCUGCUGAUCAAGAACUCAUUAACAUAGCCAAGACGAGAUAUGCCUUGAAAGAUACAGAUGAAGAAGUGCAAGAGUUUCUUCAAGACAAUCUCCAUUUGCAGGGAAAGUGUGAAAAUUCUUCUUCUAUGCGAUGGCAGAUGGCACUGUACAGGGACAUUGCUGGCAAAGCUGAAGAUAGUAACGACCCUGAAAAGAUAGUGAAACGGGUGCAGGAGGUCUCUGCGGUACUGUUCCACUUGGAGCAGACAGAGCAUCCUUUCAAGUCCAAGAAGAUGGUUUGGUACAAGCUGUUAUCCAAGCAACGGAGGAGAGCUGUGGUAGCAUGUUUCCGAAUGACCCCACUUUAUAACUUGCCAAGGCACCGCGCAUGUAACCUCUUCAUCGAAGGUUAUAGAAAUUCCUGGAUUGAGACGGAGGAGCAUUCGUUUGAAGAUAAACUAAUAGAUGAUCUGGCUAAAUCAGGUGAAGAGGAAGAAGAGGAGGAAGAGGCAAAAGAGUCAAAACCUGAUCCACUUCACCAGUUGAUUCUUCACUUUAGUCGUACGGCUCUGACUGAGAAAAGCAAACUGGAAAUGGACCAUCUCUAUAUGUCGUAUGCUGAUAUUAUGGCAAAGAGUUGUCACAUUAAAGAAGAAGGUGCAGAGACGGAAGAUGAAGAGGAUGCUGAACUUAGCUUUGAAGAAAAGGAGAUGGAGAAACAAAGACUUCUGUACCAGCAAUCCAGAUUACAUAGCCGUGGAUCUGCUGAGAUGGUUCUACAGAUGAUUAGUGCUUGCAAGGGUGAGCCUGGUACAAUGGUUUCCUCAACUCUAAAGCUUGGCAUUUCCAUUCUGAAUGGCGGUAACUGUGAGGUCCAACAGAAAAUGUUAGACUACCUGAAAGAGAAGAGGGAGAUUGGUUUCUUCCAAAGUAUGCAAGUUCUCAUGCAAACCUGCAGUGUACUGGACCUCAAUGCGUUUGAAAGACAGAAUAAGGCUGAAGGCCUAGGAAUGGUGACAGAAGAGGGAACCAUCAUCAAACGUGAAAGUGGUGAGAAAGUGAUGUCAGACGAUGAAUUUACUCAAGAUCUGUUCAGAUUCCUGCAGUUGCUUUGUGAAGGACACAAUAAUGAUUUCCAGAAUUACCUGAGAACUCAAACGGGUAACACCACAACUAUCAACAUCAUUAUUUGCACAGUCGACUACCUGCUGCGUUUACAGGAAUCUAUCAGUGAUUUCUAUUGGUACUACUCCGGGAAAGAUGUUGUUGAUGAACAAGGAAAAAGGAACUUCUCCAAGGCUAUGGCUGUUGCUAAACAAGUGUUUAAUAGUCUUACUGAAUAUAUUCAGGGUCCAUGCACGGGUAACCAGCAAAGCCUGGCUCACAGCAGAUUAUGGGAUGCAGUUGUUGGGUUUCUCCAUAUCUUUGCACACAUGAUGAUGAAGCUUGCACAGAUGCCUGAUAAUCGAGGAUCCAGAAAUAGCGAGCAUUUUUGGAUUAAAGCUCGGCAUGAGGAUUCCAGCCAGAUUGAAUUGUUGAAGGAGCUCCUGGACUUGCAGAAAGACAUGGUGGUGAUGCUGCUCUCUUUACUGGAAGGAAAUGUUGUGAAUGGAACUAUUGCUAAGCAAAUGGUGGAUAUGUUGGUAGAGUCAUCAAGCAAUGUUGAAAUGAUCCUAAAGUUCUUUGAUAUGUUCUUGAAACUAAAGGACAUUGUGGCUUCUGAUGCAUUCAAAGAUUAUGUAACAGACCCCAGAGGACUUAUCUCAAAGAAGGACUUCCAGAAAGCAAUGGACAGCCAGAAGCAAUACACACCUUCUGAGAUCCAGUUCCUACUUUCAUGCUCAGAAGCAGAUGAGAAUGAAAUGAUAAACUAUGAGGAAUUUGCAAACCGGUUCCAGGAGCCAGCUAAGGACAUUGGUUUUAACAUAGCUGUGUUACUCACUAAUCUGUCUGAACAUGUCCCUCAUGAUACAAGACUUCAAAACUUCUUGGAAUUAGCAGAGAGCAUUCUCAAUUACUUCCAGCCUUUCCUAGGGCGCAUUGAAAUCAUGGGUGCCAGUAAGAGGAUAGAGCGCAUUUACUUUGAGAUCAGUGAGGCCAAUAAAACACAGUGGGAGAUGCCUCAGGUUAAGGAGUCUAAACGACAGUUUAUCUUUGAUGUGGUGAAUGAAGGUGGUGAAUCUGAGAAGAUGGAACUCUUCGUCAACUUCUGUGAAGACACCAUUUUUGAGAUGCAAAUUGCUUCAAAGAUCUCGGAGGCAGAUGAGGGAGAGAAGUCAGAAGAAGAAGAAGAGGAAGAAGAGAAUGCUGAAGGAGCAGAGGCUGAGAAAUUAUCUUCUCCAGCUGAGGCACCGUCUGCCUUUGUAGGAUUCCUCAGCUCCAUUGUUGACUUUUUUAAAAUAUUCACGUUUAAGAAUGUAAGGAAAAGGUACAGGAAACUAAAGAAGAUGACGAUUAAAGAGAUAGUGAUGUCUCUGGUGUCCUUCUUUUGGACUUUGUUUAUGGGCAUCUUGCAGUUUAUCUACAGCAUCUGUAGUGGUUUCUUCAUGAUAGUAUGGAAUACCUUAUUUGGGGGCGGCUUAGUUGAAGGAGCCAAACAUCUGACUGUCACAGAACUCCUGGCUAGUAUGCCUGAUCCUACUCAGGAUGAGGUUCACGCUGAUAUUCCUGACAUUAGCAAGGCAGAGAUUGAAGAAACUGCCAUCCAAUCUGGGUUUGAAGAUCAAGCAAAGGAAGAGGAAACAUCUGAGAAGACCGAUGUAAAGAGGGAAAGUGGCCAGCUGAGGAUGGGUUCACCAGAAUCAAACCUAGGACUUGGUGACAUUGUGGAAUCUGCACCAGUUGAACCUCCAACCCCAGAGGGAACACCACCUAGUUUCAGAAAAGUAAGGCAACAGCUUGACACUCAGUUGGAAACUAAGCCAGACGACCAACUUAAGACUGAAGCUGAGAAAGCAGACAUUGAGAAUGGUGAAAAGGCUGAAAAGGAUAUGAAAGAAAAAGAGGUGGUAGAACCCCCAGAAGAAGAGGAAGAAAAGGCAGAAGCAAAAGAAAAGCCAGAAGAAAAAGAAAAGGAAAAGGAAGAAGGAGAAAAGGCAGAAGGCCAAGAAGAAGAAGAUGCUACACCAGCAAAAAAGGCGAGGAAGAAGGCCAAGCUGGAGAGGAAAAAGGAGGAACCAGAAGCAGUCAUGGAGUUCUGGACCGAGUUUGAAAAUUAUAAGACUAAGCUCUUGAAUUAUUUAUCAAGAAACUUCUACAAUCUCCGCUUCCUAGCUUUGUUUGUGGCGUUUGCAAUCAACUUUAUCCUCCUCUUUUAUAAGGUGUCAGUGGUUGAAGAUGAAGAAGAUUUUGAAGGGUCAGGCUUUGAGGACGAAAUAGUAAGCACUGGUUUUGGAAAUGGAAAUGGAGAUGAAGAGGAGGAGGAGGAGGAUGAAGAUUCGCUGGUUUAUUACGUUCUUGAAGAGAGUACAGGUUAUAUGGCACCAACAUUGAAAAUCCUCUCGAUUCUUCACACACUGCUCUCCUUCCUCUGUAUUAUUGGAUACAACUACUUAAAGGUUCCUUUGGUCAUCUUUAAACGGGAGAAGGAGCUUGCCAGGAAAUUGGAAUUUGACGGAUCAUAUAUUACAGAGCAACCUGCUGACGAUGAUAUUAAAGGACAGUGGGAUCGGCUCGUUCUUAAUACACCGUCAUUCCCAAAUAACUACUGGGACAAAUUUGUCAAAAGAAAGGUGUUGGAUAAGUACGGUGAUAUCUAUGGCAGGGAGCGUAUCGCAGAGCUGCUGGGCAUGGACAUGAGUGCAUUGGAUGUCACUGUGCCUCAGGAAAAGAAACCCAUGACCGAUAACUCUGUUCUUUCAUGGAUCACAUCUUUGGAUAUCAAGUACCAGAUUUGGAAGUUUGGUGUGAUAUUCACUGACAAUUCCUUCCUAUAUCUUUGCUGGUAUUUGAUCAUGUCUAUCCUUGGCCAUUACAACAACUUCUUCUUUGCUGCUCACCUGCUGGAUAUUGCUAUGGGUGUCAAGACCCUUCGCACCAUCCUGUCUUCUGUAACUCACAAUGGCAAACAGCUGAUGAUGACUGUUGGGUUGUUGGCUGUCGUCGUGUAUCUCUACACAGUUGUGGCCUUUAACUUCUUCCGCAAAUUUUAUAACAAGAGUGAGGAUGAAGAUGAGCCAGAUAUGAAAUGUGAUGAUAUGAUGACAUGUUACCUGUUCCACAUGUAUGUGGGUGUACGAGCUGGUGGUGGUAUUGGUGAUGAGAUUGAAGACCCAGCUGGAGAUGAAUAUGAGCUGUACCGUGUCGUCUUUGACAUUACGUUCUUCUUUUUUGUCAUUGUUAUCCUCCUCGCCAUCAUUCAAGGUUUGAUUAUUGAUGCUUUUGGUGAACUGAGAGAUCAGCAGGAGCAAGUGAAAGAGGACAUGGAGACCAAAUGCUUCAUUUGUGGUAUCGGCAGUGACUACUUUGACACCACACCCCAUGGGUUUGAAACACACACCUUGGAGGAACACAACUUGGCAAAUUACAUGUUCUUCCUGAUGUAUCUAAUUAACAAAGAUGAAACUGAACACACGGGUCAGGAAUCAUAUGUGUGGAAGAUGUACCAGGAACGGUGCUGGGACUUCUUCCCGGCUGGCGACUGCUUCCGGAAGCAAUAUGAAGAUCAGCUGGGAUAAUGAAGACGCUUGUACACUUCUAACAACCCAUGAAUUCUACCUAGUUCCCCGUCCUUUCUGCUGGAUGACAAAUGCUUGUAAAAAGAACAAAUAACUAAAGUGGAUUUUAUGACAUAUACAAUUUUUUAAAAAUACCUGAACCAGAUAUGUAAAUUGGACACGCUGCUUUUGCACACAAUAAUCAAUUACUGAGUCUUGAUAUAGAUUUAUACUUCAGUGUACAUUGAAAAGUCUUGAUAUUUUAUGCAUCUUUUUUGCGAAUGGGGGAAAAGGUUGGAAAAAAAGUGCCUUAGCCUUAUCUUGAAAUAUUAUAUAAAACAAACCCUUUUUCCUUUCCAUAAUGCUGGUAAUGGGAUGUCACGUUGCUGCAUUGUUAGGUAGUAGAACCAUUGUAACUGCAUACUAAUAACUGUUUCAAUUCUAAUAACUGAAAUAACCAUUGAAUUCAAGCAACCACAUUCUGUUUGCAACAGUCACAGUGUUGAUAUUAUGGGGUACCCAAAAUCUCUUUAUUUUCAUUAAAUGACAAGUUUAUGAGAGCAAACAGUACAUUUGGAAAACAAAUAUUUGUCAAUCUCUUUAACUCCAUGCCUAAAUGCUCCUAUAUGAAUGUUUUUCUAAUGUAGCCCUCAGCAUCUGUUUAUAAGGAACUGCCUGAGCAGGUACUAAAAGCUGAUGCAAGGGUUCGUCCAGAUAAAGACAAGUGUAAUUUUUAAAUAAUUUUAAGGUGCGCUCUCAAAGCUUAAAUAUUAUAUCGCUAUCCUAAUUCAUUUUGUUGAAAUAAUUAUAAUUGAACUUUGCAGAGCUAUCUUUAAUCAAAUAUUUAUUUAAUUUGCUCUUUACGCUAUCUCAAACUCCUGCUUAUUUCUUUUCUAAGAUUAUGCACUGUUUGAUACAACUUCUUUUGCCCAGCCUGAUUUAUCCAGUAUUUAAGAAGGUGCUUUGGAAGAGCUAUUGUGCAUCAGAUAUUUAUACCACUUGUGUAUGUGGAAUGGAUACAGUCAAAGCUUUGUUGGUAAACCUUUCAAAAUUAGUUUGAGGUUUCUUUCUUGUUUCUGAACAGGUGAUUAUAGCAGCAUGUAACCACCAGAUUGAAAUUUUCAUUCAAAUUUUGCUACAAAGAUAGGAAUGCAUUUUUUAUACAAGUUGACUCCCUCUUGAUUGUCCAACUCUAAAUGUAAAGCAAUGUUCACAUUAAUCCAAUAUUUUUUUAAAAAUGAAGCAAUAGUGCACUGAAAACUGGUAAUUAUAAGAAAACCCAGGUACAAACAUGGUGAUGUUGGUGCAGUUCACAUAUAGGCUAAUUAAUACCUCAUUCUGUGGCCUUUCCUGUAAAAUGUUCAGGGCCAAUGUUUCAGCCAUUAAGUUCCAAAACAUGUUAAAUAAUGUUGGUUGCAUUUCCAGAGCUAUAGAAAAAUGCAGCUAAUUAAAUUAUAUGACUGCUUCAAAUAUGACACAAGGUAUGAAAUUAAAUUUGCUUGAAUGUCCAACUAAAUAUAAUCUAAAGUUUUCACUCAGGAGAAAUCAACUUAUUUCCUGUCUCCUUUAACACAAAAACGUUUGCCAUUUAAUUAUUGAUCAUCUGCAUCAAGCAGGGGAAUAUAACAAUAAAACUGCCUUCUGAUGGAUCAGUUGUAACUAUUUAGUUUCACUGGAUAGAGGCCUGUCAGACAGUUUUUUUUAUUAUACUGAACAUGAGGGAACUAGGAUGCCACCGGACCCCUGUGACUCAGGCUACAGUUCACAGAAGUGUUACAAUGCUCUGCCUUUCCAAAUAAAUUGGUUAAACUUUGCAUUAUA